CACUGCCAGCAUGUUCAGGCCCGGGGUCCGGUCCCCAAGCCAGGGUCAGCUCCCAGCCACCCAGGACGAGGACCCAGCUGCCGCCCCCCUGUGUCUGGGCCGGGCUCCCCCUCCCAUCCCUGCUCUCUGCCUCUGCUGGCGCCCCACCGCUCAGGCUCCGAGGGAGCCGGCCCAGGGGCAGCUCCCAGCCGCUCUCGCUGCUUUCGCCGCCCUCCGGGGACUGGAGUCCUCCACGUCUUCAAAGACAGCAGCCCUGAGCCCCGCCCUUGGGCGCCCGUUCCUGGAGGCGCACCGCCAGGGACCUGCCCCAGAGGCGCCGGCUGCCCAGCUCCUACUGGAAACCUGGCCCGCAACCCUGGCACGUGCCCUGACUGGGAAUCGUACCGGUGACCCUUUGGUUUGCAGGCCCGCGCUCGGUCCACCGAGCGGCGCCAGCCGGGGCGGCCCUCCCUGUGAUUGUCCCCGUCAUUUACGAACAUGCGAGUGUUCUCCGUCCCCCGCGUCCCCCCCAACCCCUGGCUGGGCUGAGUGCGUGGUGAGCCCAGCAGCCCCGUGUCAUCGGCUGAGCGGUGGACAUGUGGCGAGUGACAGUGGAGGCCCCAGGAGCCCCUCACCCACUGUGGCCAAGCCCCAGCUCCUGCGGAGCCAGGACAGCCCCUCCGGGGGCUCUCUGAGGCCAGGCCUCAAGUGUCGGGAAACCUCUCUGGCGUGGAUGGGACAGACUGGCACCAACCUGAGAGCCAGAGGGAGCUCAGGGCAUGGGAGACGCCCACCCACCACCUGCCCACCCCAGUAGCUGCAGGCCGGACCCGCCCACACACCCCUGUCCCACUGGGAGACCAGGACCACGGGGCGGACGGGGCCAGAGAGCCUGCGCGGCCCGCCUCCACCCCAGGCCCGCUCCGUCCGGUGCGGCCUGGCCUGCCGGUCCUCGGUGGGGAAUCUGGGGCAGAGGGGCCUGGGGAUGCAAACCUGGGAGCACCGUCCGUCACCUCCAGAAAAGUGACUGUGGUCUCCUGCCUGCCCGGGGGCUCCCCUAGCUGCACCCCCAGAUCCCACACUCAGUAACUCCAGCUGUCCGGGGUGCGCCCCUUCCCCAGCCCCAGCACCGACCUUCAGGUCACUCAGCGAAGGUCACGUCUGCUGUUCACUUGGCCCCAUUUCCGAUCAGUUCCGUCUGUCAUCAUAAUCUCACAGAAAUAGCAGCUGCAUUUACAUCUCCCGGGCGUCCCUGCUCCCACGUGGGAAGUGCCCCGGCCCUGUGCCGGGGCUCCUGGCUUGGGAAGGGGCUGCUCACAGACGGGACGGGGCUGGGGACCGUCUGCUUCAGGCCUGGCCAGAGGUUUGCCGAAGGACCCCGGGGACACGUCUGGUCCUCUGCAUCUGCAAACCCCACCCGGAAAGGCCGGGAGGCAGAGAACGACCUUCAGGACCUGCUUGUGGACAGCUCCCUGCAGCUGCCCUCCCGGCCUGUCCCCAGACUGGUGGCAGGCGGGAGGGGCUGCCCGGACGCACCCAGGAGGUGGCCUUGCCCAGACCCUCACUGGCCCCGGAACGGAGCCCCUGGCCAGCGGAGGAGGCCUGCUGACGGGGGUCUGCGCAAGUCCAUCAGAAGGCUUCGCUCGUGGUUCAGGGCCGACUUGGUCACGGAGGCUGCUACAACAGGGGCCCAUGUAUUUGGGGACCCCCUUCCCCCGUCUGCCCACAGGCCUGGCGGCCUCCCCACAGCCCUCCACAGACCGGAGCUCCAGCACGUGGAUUAUUCAUGAGGCGCUGUAUUAAUUGUAUUGAUACAUUAAUAAUUAAUAACGACACGCUCAUAACUGCCUCUGCGGCUGGUCUGCCGGCUUGCGCUUUCCUGUGACGUCCUGCCCUGGGACUUGGACGAGGACCGUGCAGCUCCAGGGGGCCGGCAGCCUGCAGGGGGGAGCCUGAGCCCC